GGUACUACCAUUGGGUGACAACCGGCCGCGGAGUCAUCCUCGCCGGAGAUCGCGACUUGCACUUGCCGCAUAGCUCGCGCAUACCGAGGAAUUAUUAAAAACCUCGGGGGAAGAUGUUGCUGUCAACCCGAGCAGCCCGGUGCGCUGCUCUUAUGGCCGAACCCGACGAGCUUUACCCAGAGAGGAUACUCUAUCCGCGUAACACGAGAGCCUUGCCGAAAACACCGGUGGUCGGUGGACAGCCGAUCGAGGAGGAAACAUGUAUGGCUUUGAGAGCGUUGGUCUUCGGUUCCUGUGCUCUCCCACCUAAAGCUGAAUGGGCAAGAACCGGAUUGACUUUACGACCUUACGGGCAGAGUUUGGCCUUUGGACUCAGAGCGCCCAGAAACACAACGAGAGGCCUUGUCACCGCGGUACAAGCUGUCAUGCUGAAGCACUUUUUGUUCAAAUGCGACAGGCAAGAAUUCCGCACCGGGCCCGAAGCUCUGCUGAAACCGCCGUACGAUCGACAGAUCGAAGUGCUGACUUCCGCGAUAUCAGAGAUCAUUUGGCGUUGUGCCGGCGGCUUUUCCGUGUCCACAUGCCCGAACGUAGUCAGCAACACCGUACCAAAGGCCGUGGUAGUUCUGCCACAGGAGACACCGUAUAUUCAGCAUAGUGUACAAUAUUUCCAAGACGGGCUAACAGAAACGCUGCACCUCUUCGAAUUCAACUCCUUGGAGGACCUCGAGAUAUUUAUCAAGAGAUACUUGUACUUGUUUCACGACGAGGGUGGGCCCGGUGCGAAGUUGCUUCUAUACAGCGCGGUGCUGUCGAGGGGCCUCUCAAAAGUUCGGAAUGAUUUAGAGGACCCGAAGGCGUCGAUCCUAGGCGGGUGCACGGAGGAAGGGCCAAUUAGCAUCGUCAUCUUCGUUCUGACUGGUCGUGCCUCACCGCAUCUUCAUAACGGAGUGCUUCAUGUCGGCGAUGAAAACACAUAUGCUGUACCGCAAUGGGGAGUUCUCAUCAGAAGCGAAGUGGGAUUUCUAGUCCACGAAGGAGACGGCGACGUAAGCAAGCAAUUGGGUUCUCGUCUGAAGACACCCAGUCUACCGAUAUGGGUGACUCUUUGCCUUGGCCAUCACGGAGUGCUCUUCAACACGAACCGAGAGUUGCUGAGAAACUAUCACGCGGAAAGACGCUUCGAGGUUCAAUAUUUCACCUGCGGCGGUAGUCACGCUACGUUAACGGUGGACACCAGAGCGAACGAGACUUCCGGGACAUCAGAUGCUGCAACAAUGGAAACCACGGACAUCGCCGCGACACCGUUAGAAAAACUCAUCCGAUCCAAAUGGCAGGAUGCUCUGAUACAAUGGAACGGGACGCCCGUGAUGUAAGAGACGCGAAAGGAUGGCUACCAGAUAUCCUUCCCGCGUUAAGCCGUGUAAUGCAUGAUUCCACGUGACGCUAAUCGAUCAGCGUUCAUUCCGUCACACUUAAACCCAUUAACGGCUUUUAAUUGCCAUGAACGCGACAUGAGCCUAAGUAGAAAUUAUUUGUAUCGCAAUAAUAUAUUGGACGCUAUAUUAUAAAACAGUAAAACAUUUUAAUCCGCAAUAAAUGGCUGUAUGUGUAUUGAUAGAAUGCCGUGUCGUGCGACUUGUUUCCUAAGGCUGUUCAUGGAAGGAAAUCGCCUUCCACUGAAAGACUUCUCUAUUUUUACUUUUAGCGAAGAAACAAAAAAAAUAUGUAGAGGAAAAAGUGAUAUUGUAGCUUUGUAAGUCCUCUUUAAUAUCUCCGUUACUAGGUGACGAAUUCUAAUGAUUACUUAUGGAAUCAUUUGUUUAGUUGCCCGCCGUUACACAGUGCUAAUAUGCAAUAUAGCCGACAUUUGUCAUAACGCAUUCUCACUUUCGAGUAUUUCGAGUUCGUCUUUAAGGUACAUUUUAGCAUUUAAUUAUAUAUACUUCCUCAUCUUUCUUAAACUUGGGCGUAUAACGAAGUUAUUGUACAAAAUGUAAAUGGAAGAGGGGGGGUGGGGGGACAUAAUAUCACCUUUUCUUCUAUAUUAUCUUCUAUAUUAUAACGUGGACCCGAGAUGACCUAAAUUCGCUGACUGGUUCUGGUUUCUAGAGAGAUCGAAUACUCGAGUGUACCGUCCAGUCACGAUGAACAAACUCAUGUCGAAGUGGCCACGCGAUCGCGUGAGAAACGAUCCGUCUCCUUUGACUUACGCGCAUGUAGUAUCGCGAUGUACUCGUGUCAAACGGA